UUCGAUAGUGGCGGCAAUAUGAAACCAUCGAUACUAUCGAUAGCCCCAUCGAUAGUUCGCAAUCCCUAGUGGAUGUGACGUGUAAAAUUUUCAACAGCAAUUGAUCUAAAAAACUAAAAUAGUUUUUUAGCAAUUUAAAGUUUUUAACUUAUUUCAAGUGUUUAUAAAGGCUACUAAACAUGGGUUCAUUCCGACGAGAUAAAGAUGACGAGGAUGAGGGCACCACCAACAUCUAUCAAAACUUGGAAAAGACUUCUGUGCUACAAGAAACGCGUACUUUCAACGACACUCCGGUAAAUCCAAGGAAAUGUAUUCAAAUUCUUACGAAAAUUCUCUACCUGAUAAACCAAGGCGAACAAUUAGUUGCUCGCGAGGCUACCGAUUGCUUUUUUGCAAUGACAAAAUUAUUCCAGUCGAAAGAUGUCGUAUUGCGCCGCAUGGUUUAUCUAGGAAUAAAAGAACUCAGCUCCAUUGCAGAAGAUGUCAUAAUUGUAACAAGUUCACUGACCAAGGAUAUGACAGGUAAGGAGGAUUUGUAUCGUCCGGCUGCCAUACGCGCACUUUGCAGCAUUACCGACAAUACGAUGCUGCAAGCAGUUGAACGUUACAUGAAGCAAUGUAUCGUUGAUAAGAACCCAGCAGUAUCAUGCGCUGCCCUUGUAAGCUCGCUACGUUUGGCAAGUGCCGCUGGCGAUGUGGUAAAACGUUGGGCUAACGAAGCACAGGAAGCUCUUAACAGCGAUAACAUAAUGGUGCAAUACCACGCACUAGGUUUGCUUUACCACAUACGUAAGUCCGAUCGUUUAGCCGUAUCUAAGCUAGUAAAUAAAUUGACACGUAAUUCUAUGAAGAGUCCAUACGCCGUUUGCAUGCUGAUUCGUAUCGCCUGCAAACUGAUCGAGGAAGAAGACAUCUCAGCUGAAGAUAUGUCGAAUUCGCCAAUGUUUACUUUCAUCGAAACAUGCUUGCGUCACAAGAGCGAAAUGGUUAUUUAUGAGGCGGCACACGCAAUUGUUAAUCUUCCUCAUUUGUUGCUGAGAUUUCAGAUGAAUUCAAGGUUGUUGUUGUGCAAGCGAUUUGUGCACUUUGUUCCAAGUACCCGCGCAAACAUACUGUGCUAAUGAACUUCCUAAGUGGUAUGUUGCGUGAAGAGGGCGGUUUGGAAUACAAAACUUCAAUUGUGGACACCAUAAUUACGAUUAUUGAGGAAAAUGCUGACGCUAAGGAAUCUGGACUGUCUCAUCUUUGUGAAUUUAUCGAAGACUGUGAACAUGUUUCGCUGGCAGUCAGAAUUCUUCAUCUACUUGGCAAGGAGGGUCCAUUUGCCAAUACACCAUCCAAGUACAUUCGCUUCAUUUAUAAUCGCGUUAUUUUAGAAAGUCCAAUAGUACGUGCAGCUGCUGUUACAGCACUGGCACAGUUUGGUGCCUCUUGUCCUGCACUUAUAAAUAACAUUUUGGUACUACUUAGCCGUUGUCAAAUGGAUCCUGAUGAUGAAGUACGCGAUCGUGCUACUUACUACUUGCACUUAUUACAAUCCAAUAAACCGGAACUUUAUAAACAUUACAUUAUCGAGCGUGAAACAUGCUCUUUGGCCUUGUUGGAAAAGGCGUUAACGGAACAUUUGAAUGGGGACUUGUCUACUAAAUUUGAUUUAUCGAUUGUACCCAAGACCACCGUUGUUAAAGAGGAACCCGCCAACGAAGCUAUGCUUAUUUCUAAUACGCCACGAGCUCCGAAGAUCACACGUGAAGAAGAAAGUGCUGCGCGCUUAUCUCAAUUGCCGGGUAUACAAGUGUUGGGACCUAUUCAUCGUACAACACCGCCAAUACAGCUUACCGAAAGCGAAACUGAAUACACAGUGCAAUGUAUUAAACACAUCUUCGCCAAUCACGUCGUAUUUCAGUUUGAUUGUCUCAAUACUUUGCCUGAUCAAAUAUUGGAAAAUGUGCGUGUAGAGCUAACUAUACCUGAGGGAUUCAUCACGCGCGCUGUUAUACCAUGUCCAAAACUUCCUUACAAUGACUUACAAACGACUUUUGUCAUUGUCGAAUUUCCACCAGAUGUUGCUAGUUCAGCUGCAACAUUUGGCGCCACUUUACGAUUCGUGGUUAAGGAUUGCGAUCCAAAUACAGGAGAACCCGAUUCAGAUAAUGGCUACGAGGAGGAAUACAUGCUAGAAGAUCUUGAAAUUACAGUUGCUGACCAAAUUCAAAAAUCGAAAAAGAGUAAUUUCCAAGCGAUUUGGGAUGCUGCAGAUACAGAUGAAUGGGUCGAAGCUGAAGAUACAUAUUCGCUCUCUACUGCAAACACAUUACAGGAGGCAGUUAAUUUAAUUUUGAAAUUCCUUGGCUUAGGUGCCGCCAAUCUCUCUGAGAAUGUAACUGAGGGGACACACACGCAUACAUUACUUUGUUCAGGCACUUUUAGAGGUGGUGCCGAAAUAUUAGUGCGGUCUAAAUUGGCGUUAUCCGAUGGUGUUACCAUGCAGCUAACCGUGCGUACUACAGAUCCAGAUGUUGCCGAGCUUUUAACAUCUGCUAUUGGAUAGAAUACAGAGGGUUAGAUGAUAGGAAAUCGUUAAACGAAUAGCACAGUUUUAAUGUUGAUUAAGCUUAAAAUGAGUGUACCGCUAAUGCCAUUCAAAAUUAAAAAAAAAAAACUUUAUCUAACACUUAGUAGCAUUUCUCUUCAUCACUAAAACAAGUCCAAUGGAAGGCCGAAUAUUAUGUGAUACAACUAUGUAGUGUUGAAGAAAAUUGAAGCAGAAUAUCAUUACAAGAAUUAUAAUUUGCAACUGAGUGUUAAAGAAUGGAUUCGUGAAGUCUAUUUCGUGCCACAACAUAAGUUUUAAUUAAUCAGGAGAUAAAGGCAUAAUGCUCUACACAUCCCUAUAUCUUAAUAAAAUUGUAUACUUUGUAAUGAAUUUGUCAGGAAACAUGCAUAGAAGCGAUGGCAAGUGAUCGCAUUUGCCAGACGUUCUGCGGCCAAUUCAUACAAAAUAUUUAAUGUAAAUUUUUAUUAUUUUUUUUUGGUACAUUUCUGAUGUUUAUAAUUAAAACAAAUGUAUUCCAUAUUUUGUAAAUUUAAAUAUAAAUAUCUGUUUUUUUGACUUUGACUUUGAUAUAUAUGUAAGGAUGACACUAAUUGCAUAUGAGAAAUUGCAUUAGUGUUUAACCAUAUUAUUAUUAUAUAUGCGAAUAAAUAUCAAGAAAAUAUUGCGAAAACCGUAA